AUGUUUUCAUAUGUUUAUGUUUUAAUUUUCUUGCUUUCUUUAAUUUUGAUACCCUUGGAGCCCAAAUUUUUUUUUUUUUUUUUUAAUUAUUUAUUUUUUUCUAUUAAUAAUGUUAGUUUCGCAAGGAUUAGUUUUUCAAAUUAUUAUAAGAAUACAUACGAAUAUAGAGCUGAUAACAAAUCGAAGAAGAUAAGUUUGCUUAAUAUUAAAGAUAAAGAAAGAGAAUUUCUAUAUAAGAAUAAGAGUGGUAACAAAUUGUCUUUGAAGAAUAAUAAAUGCGAUGAUAUACAUUCAUACAAAAUAAAUAAAGUUAAGAAUAAAUAUAUAUAUUUAUAUAUAUAUAAUAAUAAGAAGAAAAAUAUAGUUAUAAAUAACAAAUUGAAUAAACUAAAAGAGAAUAUAUUAUAUAGAUUAGAAAAUAAUUAUAAUAUAUAUAAAUACAAAAAAUUGGUAUCCUAUAAUUUUAUAUUACCAUAUUUUCGGGGCCUAUAUAAAAGAGGAGGAGAUUCUAUAAAGGAUUUAUCUUUUAAAUAUAUUGAUCGUUACUUUUUUGAAUAUAUAAAUAGGUACCCCUAUAUGAAAAAGAACAAAAACUUUAUUCAUCACAAUAAUAAUUGUAAGAAUAUAAUGAAAAUGAAUGAACACAAAAAUAAUUUCAAUCAAACAAAUGAGGAAGAUAAACAUGAUCAUAAUAAUGUAGGCAAAUUAAAAUAUAAUUAUAAUUUAAGUUGUGCAUUUCCUGAAGAAAUAAUAAAUCAUUAUAAAGCUGCAGGAUUUUUUCUUGUAAAAGCAGAUAUAAAUGAUGAUAAUAAUAAUAAUAAUAAUAAUAAUAAUAAUGAUGAUAAUAAUAAUUAUUACCAUAAUGUAAAUGUGAAAACGAACCCAAAAGGGAUCAAUAUAAAAUUUUUGCUAGGAUCAGAUCCACUGACAGCAAAAGAUAUGAUGAAAAUAACUAACGAAGAAGAAAAGGAGAAAAAAAGAAAAGAAGGAGAAUUAAAUAUUUUAGGAGGAAAAAAAAAUGCGGAAGAAAAAUAUCCUAUUCAAACUGCUUAUAGAGAAUUAAGUGAAGAGAGUUUAUAUAUGUAUAAUAUUUUUAUUUCAUAUUUUAGUUACUUGCAUUAUGUUAUGAAAUAUAUGUAUCCAUCAUCAAAUAGUAGUAGUCAUAAUAAUAAUGUUGGUAAGGGCCAAGAAAAUGUCAUAUCUUCAUACGAACAUUUUUUAAGUAACAACUUUUUAAAAGAUAUUUCAAAUUAUACUUUACAAGAAAAAGAAAGAAUAAUAAAUCUACACAUCAACAAUCUUAUGAUAUUUUUUAAAGAAAAAGGAUUUAAUUUAGAAGAACAUUAUAAUGAAAUAUAUAGAUGUUCCUUACCACCUCCAUGCAAAAAUAAAGAUAUGAACCAGAACAUGAGUCAUCACAAUGAUGACAAAAAAUGUGAUAACAAAAAAUGUGAUGACAAAAAAUGUGAUGACAAUAAAUGUGAUGACAAAAAAUGUGAUGACAAAAAAUGUGAUAACAAAAAAUGUGAUAACAAAAAAUGUGAUGACAAAAAAUGUGAUAACCAAAUUCCUAAUAAUUAUAGGCAGAAUUCCUUAUGUGAUACUUCAAACAACCAUUUAAAUAUUAAUAAUAAAGAAUCUAAUACUUUUGAAGAUCAAAUGAUAGAUAAAAAUAAACUGAAUCCAUAUGAGUAUAUACAUAAAGAAAUAAAUAUAUAUGAACGUGUAGAAGAUUAUAGAAAAGAUAAUUUUAAAUUAUAUUAUAAAGAAGGAAAGUAUUGUAUAUAUUUUUUUAAUGUCCUUCAAUAUGAUUAUAGAAAUAUGUUACAAUAUAUGAAUAAUUUUUUUUGGGAGAAUUGUAUAAUAUUUUAUAAUAUAUUAUUAAAAGAAAAUUAUAAAUAUUUAAUUUCAUCACGUUUAAAAAAAGAUAGUGAAUAUGAAUCAUAUGAAUUUAAUAAUAUUCAAUUUGAAAAAAAUGUUCAUCCUCAUUUAUAUCAAAAUUUUAUUAACAUAAAGAAUUAUAAUGAAUCAAUUUAUAAUGAUAAGAAUAAAACUUGUUAUUCUUUUUAUUAUAAUAUCAAUAAAUAUGAUAAUACAAAAUUUGAUUCUGGUUUUAUGAAUAAUCUUAUGUGGGUUGAUUUCUCUAUAAUUCUUUUACAAUUAGUUAUAGAUAUAGAACGUUCAAAAAAUGUAGCAUUUAAUCUUUAUAAUAUAUAUGAUCAAAUAAUUAAAAAUUAUUAUAAUCAUAAACAAAAUAAUAAAAAUAAUUAUAUCAUUUUUUUUGAUAAUGGAAAUUCAAUAACUAUUUCAUAUUAUAUAAUAUAUAAAAUUUAUCAACUUUAUAAUCCUUUUCAUUAUAAUUUAAUUUCAUUAUUCAAAAAUAAAAAAUAUUCUGAAUUCUUAAUUCUUUUUUUUUCACCAUUUAAUACAAAAUUAAAUAAAAAUAAUCUACAACAUUAUUUAUCAACUAAUAUUAAUAUACCAUUCAGAAAAUUUUUUAAAAGAUUAAUUCUUUCUUCUUCUCUCUGGAUUUUCUUUUUUUUCAAUUUUAUUUCAACCAUACCUACAAAAUGA